AUGAAGUCCUUAAGAGCUUAUAGCCGUGGAUUGAAUGGUAAACGCCCAAAUAAUUAUACCCGGUACUUCUCCAGAACUGCAAAGCUACUCCAGACACAGGAUGUGCAAAGGCAGCUCAAACAAAUAUUCGAUAAUGAGAGUUAUUGGACAAAGAUGAUCACUAGCCCGUCAUCCCCCGGUGCUAGAGUAGCAAAUAUUCCUAAGAUCCCUUCUUCGUCACUGUAUCAGAAUUUGGCUUCGAAACUCAAUAUUUUCCACAAAGAUCAACAAAGACUAGAAACAGGGCUUUUCAGAAAUCCAUAUUUAACGUCCUCCGAAGGCCUUGAAUUCUUCACCACUGAAAUGCUUGCAAAAGCGGAAAAUAUUGUCAACUUAAUUGUCAGUGAUACUAGUGACCAUGGGUUGCGUCAUUGUAUCAAGAAUUUGGAUACUUUAAGUGAUAUGCUUUGUAAGGUCAUUGAUUUGUGUGAAUUUAUUAGAAUUUCCCAUCCGGACUCUCAUUUUUUAGAAAGUGCCCAGAAAUGUCAUGAGAAAAUGUUCAAUUAUAUGAAUGUACUUAACACAAACGUUGAAUUAUUCAAUAUCUUGAACAGUUUAUUAAAUGAUCCGUCAAAAAAGCAUAUUAAGGAAGAAUUGAGUGCGGAGGAGGUUGUUGUGGGUGAAUUGUUGCUAGCAGAUUUCAAGAAAUCAGGGAUCGAUAAGGAUGAUAAAACUAGAGACUUGUUUAUUGAAUUGUCUUCAAGAAUUUCGGUUAUUGGUCAAUAUUUCAACAAUAAUGCCUUCGAUUUGAAGGACAGCAAAUUUGUAUUUAGCAAAGCGGAAUUAAAAAAUUCUGUAUCAGAUGAAAUAAUGGACCAAAUACAAGCCGAACUAGGAAAAUUUUCGUCCAGAGGCACAAGGGUUUCUUUCCUGGUCAAUUCCCAUGUUUCUUUCUUAUUACUCAAAAACUGUUCCAAUGAAUCAAUUAGAAAGCAGAUUUGGGUCGGCCUAAACUCAUCUUCCCAAAAACAGUUACAAUUACUUGAAUUGAUGUUGAAUUAUAGAAAGCUUUUAUCAUUGAAAUUGAAUUAUCAAGAUUUCAAUCAUUAUCAACUUGAAGAUAAGAUGGCUAGAAACUCAAACAACGUUCUAGUAUUUUUAGAUAAUUUGCGGAAAAAGAUUGAACCAUAUUGCGUUGCCGAAUUGAGAAAAUUAGCAGAUUUGAAAAUCAAGGACUAUCAAAAGGACUCAGGACUUAUCAAUUUCAAAGAUUACUCAAAACAAAUCAGUGGCAUUGAAAAUAAAUUAUCAAAGAAGCAGCCGUUCAGUGAUGAUGAUGUGAUAGCCUUUAUUAGACCAUGGGACAGAGAAUAUUUGAUAAAUCAAUUGCUUGUCAAUAAACGUCGCAAAGAACUCCUUCCGGAAACCAAUGCCUCAGUCCCAGCGCUCAACAACACUGACUUUGAAAAUCAACCGAUUUCCAAUUUCUUUUCAUUGGGUACGAUUUUUGCUAAUCUCUCGAAGUUUUUAACUAGUAUUUACGGAGUGAAAUUCAAAUUUGAUAAACCGUUAAGAGGAGAAAUUUGGCACAAGGAUGUCCGGAAACUUCUUGUGGUCAAUGCCAAAGACGAAAAUGACAUAAUUGGGAUAAUUUACCUUGAUUUAUUCGAAAGAUUGGGAAAAUCCUUGAAUCCUGCCCAUUUCACUAUUGUUUGCUCCAGAAAAGUCACCGAUGGAGCUGAAAUUGAAAAUUGUGAAAUUCUUAAUGAACCACGGUCAGAACCAAAAGACGAUAACGUGAAGUAUAUUCAAUGUAUUAGAAAUGCUGAAGGUGAGAUUUAUCAAUUACCUAUCAUCACAUUAGUCUGCAACUUUUCAAAGAGUGUUAAAAGCAUUAAUAACAAAAUCGAAAAUAUAGCAUUGCUUAAACUUGUGGAGGUUGAAACCUUACUUCAUGAAAUUGGACAUUCCCUUCAUUCCAUGUUUGGCAAAACCAACCUUCAUAACGUUAGCGGAACCAGAUGUCUCACUGAUUUCGUUGAAUUGCCUAGUAUUCUUAUGGAAACCUUUAGUAAAGAUGCCAGGGUCUUGAAAUUUCUCAGUGAACACUAUGAAGAUCAAUUCAAAAUCGAUGCCGUUAACAAGCAGUUGGAAGACACCUACAAGGCAAAAUUGAUUAAAUUACAUCAAUCGGAAAAUGAUGUUUUGAGAUAUUGUGAUAUUUACUCACAACUCAAGAUGGCGUACCUUGAUCAACACCUUUACCUUGAAACCCCUAAUCCGGUGCUCUAUAAUCCGGCCACAGGAAUUCAUGAGGAAAUCACUGAAAAAAAUAAUGAUUUAAUCACCCUUGAAAAUUUAGAUGCUUUAGCGGGUCUGAACUUACAAUACUCGGAAACCAUUUAUCAUAACUGUGAGAAAGACUUGAGGAUUUUUGCUGAUCUUGAAAGCAGCUGGUACGGCAAGUUUGGGCAUUUGUUCACCUAUGGGGCGACUUACUAUACCUAUUUGUUUGAUAGGGCCAUUAGUAGUAAGAUUUACAAGGAGUUAUUCUUAGCCGAUCCAUUUAACAAUGUCAAUGGUAAUAUUUUCAAAUCAAGUGUUUUGAGAUGGGGUGGAAGUAGAAACCCUUGGGAGUGUGUGGGAGAAUGUCUCAAUGAUCCUCGUAUUGCUAAAGGGGAUGCGCAGAGUAUGAAAUUAAUUGGGGAAAUUGAUGAUGUGAAAUAA